AGAACGGGACGGGCCGGGCCGGCGCGCGCGCCAAGUGUCGAGAUGGAGCGCGACGGGCGCCGCCGCCGCGAGCGGCACCGCGAGGCGGACGAGCGGCGCGCCGCCGCCUCAGCCGUCUCGCUCUCCUCCUCCAGCAUGGCUAUCAAGCUGUGGAAGUGCUACCAGAGCCGGGUGUCGUCAGGAGGCCGGCCGGAUGACGACUUCGUGUUCGACGACAUCUUCGAGAUGAUCGACGCGGACCUGCAGCCCGUCAAGCCGGACUUGAAGUGCUCCGACUCGAUACGAGUGUUUGAGAACCACAAGAAGCUGACCAAGGACUACCUGAAGCUACAGACGGAGGUGACGCUCCUCUCUACCAAGAAGAAGCAGCUGGAGGAGCGGCUCAACCGGACGGCGGCGGGCCGCGAUAAUCGCGACACCGCCAAAUACGUCUCCGAGCUAGUGCAGCUGCAGGACGAGAACGAGAGUCUGCGAAAGCUGCACAAGACGCUGAUGGCGGAGCGGGUGGCGCUGACGCGGCCGCCGCAGCAGCCGCCGCUCACAGACGACUGGGUCCUCUCUGACUGACGGCUGCGACCCCGGCCCCGGCCCGGCCGCCGCCGGCUGGGCGCGCACCUCAGCGUUGUCGGCACGCACCGGCGUGUGUAUCACGCGCCUUCCGCCCGUGAGCAGUGGCACUUCUCUGGUCGAGCUUUUGUCCACUAAUGUGCCUGGCGCCGGGCGGUUUGUUUGGUGUCUUGCGAAUGCUUUCUAACCUUCGUGCUGUACCGGUUUUCCGCCCUGUUUCCGUAUUGUUUGUUUUACCUGUGAGCCCGCUGCCGCGGUAGCAGCUCGACUCCUCCGCACUGAGAACCCCAUGCGCUGAUGAUUAUGUACUGUGAUACCGUAUAUUGGAAAAUACAAGAUGCGAUACAUGCAUAUAUGUAUAUAUCGAUA